CGGGAGCCGAAGUAACUGCGCGCGUGUGUGCGUGCGUGUGUGUGUGUGUGUGUGUGUGCAUGCAAAGAGAAAUGCGAACGGUGAAGUGCACACGAGGACACGGUUUUAGACUAUGAUUGAAGAAGUGCAAACCUGGAACAUGGUGCGUCAUAUUUGCCCCUCAGUGCCCUUGAUGCCUUGCUGGCUUUCUGUCCUGCUACUGUUCGGCUACGCGGCCUUUCCCUCCCACGCCAACAGUUUGCCGAGUUUCAUCAAGACUCCAGAGGACCAGACAGGGAUUUCGAGUGGCGUGGCGUCUUUCGUGUGCCAGGCGGUCGGAGAACCCAAACCUUGUAUCACGUGGAUGAAGAAAGUCAGCUCUCCGCGCUUUGAGGUGAUCGAGUUUGAUGAUGGCUCGGGCUCUGUCCUGCGUAUCCAUCGCCUGUGCAAACACCAAGACAAGGCCACUUACGAGUGUACGGCCACCAACAGCGCCGGAGAAAUCAAAACCAGCGCCAAACUCAACGUGCUGGAAGGUAGGAAGCGUCUGUCUCUUCCUAGUAAAUGUAAAAGUCAACGUGUAAAAUUACUUAGUGAUAGAAUUUACCAUUUGCAAAUAGAAAUAAAUGACUAAUAAACAUGAUGGUACUGUAUAUUAGAUACGAAAGGGAGAAUGAAAUCUAUUCAACUGCAAUUUAUAUUAUUUGUUUAUUUUUCUAUAUUUAGCUUCAGAAUAACAUUUCUGAGCCUCGGUCUAUGACUCUUAUACCAGCGUUGAGUGCAAAAG